GAACUUUGACAAACCACAUUGCAGAUGACACAAGAAAACCAGAGGAGCACAGGUCUAGGAGGUCUGUGAGGUCUUGAGCCACCCCUCCUGCCUUCCCCGUGGGGACCUUGUGUCUGGAAAGAAGUAACACCAGCAGCUGUGACCCCGGCAGACCUUCGGGAAAGAUGCGGCCACUCCUGCUUUUGUUAGCGUUUCUUCUGCCUCCUGAGGCUGGGACAGAGGACAUCAUCGGAGGACAUGAGGCCAAGCCCCACUCCCGCCCCUACAUGGCAUUUGUUCAGUUUCUGCUUGAGAACAAAAGGAGGUGUGGCGGUGUCCUCGUGCGAGAGGACUUUGUUCUGACGGCUGCUCACUGCCAGGGAAGAUUAAUGAAUGUCACUCUUGGGGCCCACAACAUCCGGAAGCAGGAGAAGACCCAGCAAGUCAUCACUGUGAGACAAGCCAUCUGCCACCCAGACUAUAAUCCUAAGAACCUCUCCAAUGACAUCAUGUUGCUAAAGCUGGAGAGAAAGGCCAAGCUGACUUCAGCUGUGCGGCUCCUCAGCCUGCCCAGGGGCAAGGCCCAGGUGAAGCCUAGACAGGUGUGCAGUGUGGCCGGCUGGGGAAAAGUCUCCCCAGUAGACAGAGUGUCCGACACACUGCAGGAGGUGGAGCUGACUGUGCAGAAGGAUGAUGAUUGUCACUCCCACUUCCCCAACCAUUACAACCAGUCCACCCAGAUUUGUGUAGGGGACCCGAAGAAUAAGAAGAACAGCUUCAAGGGGGACUCCGGAGGCCCCCUCAUCUGCAACAAGCUGAUCCGGGGUAUUUUCUCCUAUGGACAAAACAACGGGAACCCUCCAGGAGUCUUCAUGAAGGUCUCACACUUUCUGCCCUGGAUAAAGUCAACAAUGAAGCGCUGCUCAUAGCAGCUGUGAUGCUGACCUUCCUCUGUGCCUGACCACCUUUUCUGGGGCAGAGGCAGGAAUCCCGUGGGGCGGGCAGUGGGACUGCAGGGCCGUAAUAAAUGGAUCUCUAGCGAGUGUGA